AUCUCAUACAAUUAAUAUUCGUAUAAGCAUAUGAUCAUACAUCCUUUUCCCUCCUAUCCUCAUAUUCCCCCACUUCCCUCCCCAUCUUGAGUGAUGGAGAAUAAUAACAGUAAACAACCACUGUUAUCUUCCAGCGCCGCCGCCGCCGACGACAAUAACGAUCAAGUUACAUCAACAAUUGUGGAUGAUCGCCAUGGAGAAGAGGAGGAUAUCCCACCAAUCGAAAGCCCGAAAGUGUUUUUAACGGUGUUUUGGAUGGAGUUAAAGAAGACGAUGUACCUCGCCGCACCAGCUACUUUUAUGCGCACGUGUCAGUAUUCCCUUGGCGCCAUCACCAUCACCUUUUCCGGCCAACUUAACACACUUGAUCUCGCCGCGUUUUCCGUCGAAAACUCCGUUAUCGCUGGCUUCUCAUUCGGUGUUCUGCUGGGAAUGGGAAGUGCAUUGGAGACAUUAUGUGGGCAAGCAUUUGGGGCAAAACAGCUGAACAUGUUAGGGGUGUACUUGCAAAGGUCUUGGGUAAUCCUGUUCACAACAGCCCUCUUACUAAGCCCCCUCUAUAUCUUUGCCGCCCCGCUCCUGCGCCUCAUCGGAGAAACUCCCGCCAUUUCGGAGGCAGCAGGUAGGGUAGCAAGAUGGAUGAUACCACAACUAUUUGCAUACGCGACGGUAUUCCCAAUUAUAAAGUUCCUUCAAGCACAACGUAAGGUGAUGACCAUGGCAGCAAUCACAGGGGUAGCUUUGGUAAUACAUGCAUUUUUCUCGUGGUUGUUCAUGCUCAAACUCGGGUGGGGCCUCGCUGGUGGAGCCACCGUGUUAGACACCUCGUGGUGGUUCAUAGUUUUAGCCGAGCUUGCAUACAUUUUCAGUGGGAGGUGUGGUGAGGCUUGGAGUGGUUUUUCAUGGAAGGCUUUUAGUGACUUAUGGGGCUUUGUUAGGUUGUCUAUUGCCUCUGCAGUAAUGUUAUGCUUAGAAACGUGGUAUUUCAUGGCUCUAAUCCUAUUCGCGGGGUACUUAAAGGAUGCAGAAGUUUCGGUGGGUGCCUUAUCAGUAUGCAUGAACAUACUAGGAUGGUCAAUGAUGGUGGCUUUGGGAUUCAAUGCAGCCGUAAGUGUAAGGGUAUCGAAUGAACUCGGAGCAGCACGUCCCAGAAUGGCAAAGUUCUCAGUUUUAGUAUCAGUAAUAACAUCAUUCUUGCUGGGAUUAAUCAUGGCAACAAUGUUGAUUAUCUAUCGAAAAGAAUAUCCGGUAAUAUUUUCCAACAGUAAAGAGGUACAAGAGCUUGUCACUGAGCUCACCCCAAUUCUUGCAAUCAGCAUUACCAUCAACAAUUUUCAGCCUGUUCUCUCAGGUGUGGCAAUUGGAGCUGGAUGGCAAGCAUUGAUUGCAUACAUUAACAUUGGAUGUUACUACAUAUUGGGAAUUCCCAUGGGGCUCACACUCGGAUACGUGCUUGGCUUCGGCGUCAAGGGGAUAUGGUACGGGAUGCUGAGCGGUACAUGUGCGCAAACAAUUAUCCUAUUUUCAAUCGUCUACAAAACCAAUUGGGACAAAGAGGCUUCAAUUGCUGGAGAAAGGAUACGGAAAUGGGGAGGUCAUCAAGAUGGUGCGAAAACCAAAGAAAUUGUAGCUUAGAAAACUACUCCUUGCGUAGUAUUUUUGGUUUCAAAUAAGUGUAAGUUAGAGCCUGUGGGAGUAGAAAAUAUUGUACUCCAAAGUUCUAAUUUCGCGAUUAGAAUUAGAAUUGAUGAUGAUGAUUAGAGAAUCUAAAUCUAAAUUUCAGGAGCUGAACAUGAGAAGUUUAGUGUCCUUGAUUCUCUUAACAA